CAAUUAUCUAAUUAUUUGAAACAUUUCAUUGGAGCCUACAAUUUUAUUUCAAUAAAACUUGAAGAAAUGACUGAGCAAAUAAAGUUCUUAGUUAAAGAAGUGAAUGCAAGUCUUGGCAGGAACUACGAUCUUAUAAAGUUUGACGCCUUGAAUGAGAAGCAACUACUGCAACUUUUGGUCGACUUACUCUUCUACUUCAACGCCGGAGAAAAGUUGGAUGUGGAUGAAGAUGAGCCGGAAACGGUAUCGAUGCGUCUAUUGGAAAUGCUGGGCAGUGUUAAGUACCGGCCGCCAUCCACCGUGGAGCCGACCAGGUUUCGCAGUCAGCUCCUAGCUGGGGACCCUCGGACUGUACAUCACGUGCUGCACUGGCUGCUCACAAAUAAGGAACAAGUGAAAAACACCGCUUACCUGGCUAAAUAUCUAAAACUCCCAGAUAUUCCUACUGACGUCGCACAAAACAACAACAUCCAAGAUAUGCUUGAUCUCUACCAGAAUCUAAUGGACGAGUUCAAAGACGUGCACAAGCGAACUAGGAUGUUGCAGAAGGAAAGCGCCACGGAAAUUAUUAAUGAUAUAAAGGAAAUGGCAGUUGAGAGAGACAUCGUGAUAAAGCGCUUAGAAAAUGUGCAAAUAAACCUUGUCGACGUAGCUAACAAGGAAGAGUUGUUGAAUGUCAGUAAGGCGCUUAGAGUUCAACAAGAAAAAGCCAAGGAAUUGGAAAGUCAGUACGAUACACAACAGUCCCAAUUGAAAAUGGCAUCUGAACAGUUAAAAAGAUAUCUGAAUGUGAUGCACGGGCAAAGUGCUACUCCGAAGACUGCCAGUGAGGUCUUGAAGCAUUUGCAAGAAGAAAUUCAGUUAAAUAACUAUUUAGUCAAGGAAAAACUACCACAAGAGACGGCUCACCUGCAAAAAGAACUGAACAUAAUGCAAAAUAUUGCUACUGAGCAGCAUCCCACUAGGUCAGAUUUGGUUUUGGUACAAGAUAAGAUAGCAAUAGUCAAUGGGGAGUUGGAGCAGUUGGUGCAACGUCGGCUAGCAUCAGCUGGGCCCCAGGAGGACAAGCUGGCUCCGUUCAGACAACAGGCGGCCGUCAUCAGGCGCAACAAGGAGGCGAGCGCGGCGCGCGUGCACGAGCUGACGGCUACGCUGAAGGAACAUGAGGCAGCCCUGGCCGAUGUGCAGUCACAGGUGAAGCAGCUCCUUGGGGACACGGUGCUGCGAGGCGAGGAACUGAAGAAGUAUGUAAAUUCAUUACGUACCAAGAGCACGGUGUACAAGCGACAACGAGCGAACCUUGCCACGUUCAAGGUGGAGGCAGGUAUUCUGGCAAGGACUCUACAUAUAUUAAGCACAAACGAUCCUACAGUGGAAUUGGCUUUGGUAAAUCAUAAGAAACUCAAAAUAGAAGACGAUGAAUCCACGGAAAAAGACAAACAAACUGACUUAACGAAAAAAUCUUUGCAUGAUUUAUCACAGUUGGUAGCGCAAACUGCACAGAAGUUAUCCCAAGUGCGACAAGAAAUACAACCUUUAGCAGAUAAAAUUAAACCCAUCAAGGAGGAAUUCCAAACUGUUCAACAGCAAUACGAACAGAAGAAAAGAAUUUACGAAGCCACAUCGAUAAAUAUAACAUCGCAAAUGGAACCCCUCAAAAAUCAAGUGAAAGAUCUGACUGACCAGUUGAAUAGCAAGGAGGAUGAAUGGAAAAAUUUACGCCAGAAAAUAACAAAAGCCGAAAGUUUGCAGGAAGUCGUCAUGUUUGAAAUGAAGAAUUCCAUGCAAUCGCCAAGGAAACCAUCUAAAAUGGAGGCACUGAAGAAAAAAGUUAUUGAAAUGGAACAAGCAGUGAAGAAUUUGGAGGAGGAACAACGCGCCAUUAGUUCUCGUCAGGGCGAGGUGGAGCAGCAGACCCGUCUGUGGGAGAACACACUGAAGCUGCUGCAGUGUAAGAUGCGCGCGCGCAACGAGCCCGCCGCCAGGACAGGACGGAUGCACAUCACGCAACAUUCGCAGAUGCUCACGCUCACAUGAACAUCAUACUUUAUAAUAUAAUUCAAGUACUAAUCCAUGCCUACUAAUUUUAUUAAUGUUAAAGUUGUUUGUUAUAUCUUCACAGUUAAACCAGUGUUGAUGCUUUUUUGCUUAUUAAGCUUAGAAAGCUCUUGAGUAUGUUUGUUACUCUUGCACGUAAAACUACUGAAGAGAUUUAAACUUCACAGUAGGUUAUAUGUUUUUUUAAACCUCAGAAUAAGCGGCAAUUUUAACACGAAGCCACGAGUGGAAGCUAGUUUGUGAAAUAAGUCCCAGGUAUUUAUGUACUUAUUGAUUGUUGGUACUAAUCUUUAAAAAUUCUUUUACAUCAUAUUUGUAUUAAUA